GUGUCCCGGGUGCCAGUGGAGUCCUGUGAGCAGUAUACAACCUGCGGGGAGUGCCUGAGCUCGGGGGACCCCCACUGUGGCUGGUGCGCGCUCCACCACAUGUGCUCGCCGCGGGACAGCUGUGAGCGCGCGGAGGAGCCGCACCGCUUCGCCAGCAGCAUCAGCCAGUGCCUGAGCGUCACCGUGCAGCCCGGCAGCAUCUCCGUCUCCCAGCACAGCCUCCCACUCAGCUUGCUGGUGAGCGAUGCUCCGGACCUGGCGGCUGGGGUCUCCUGCCUGUUUGGGAACCUGACGGAGGUGGAGGGUCAGGUGUCGGGCAGCCGCGUCAUCUGCAUUUCACCAGCAGCAAAAGACGUCCCUGCCAUUCCUGUGGAUCAAGACUGGUUCGGCGUGGUGCUGCAGCUGAAGUCACGGGAGACAGGGAGGACGUUUGUCAGCACCGAGUUCAAGUUCUACAACUGCAGUGCCCACCAGCUGUGCCUGUCCUGCGUGAACAGUGCUUUCCGCUGCCACUGGUGCAAGUACAGGAACCUCUGCACCCACGACCCCACCAUCUGCUCCUUCCAGGAGGGACGGAUCAAUGUCUCCGAGGACUGUCCCCAGCUCUUCCCCACAGAGGAGAUCCUGAUCCCGGUGGGAGAGGUGAAGCCCAUCACACUGAAGGCGAGGAACCUGCCCCAGCCCCAGUCGGGCCAGCGCGGGUACGAGUGCGUCCUCAGCAUCCAGGGCGUCAUCCACCGCGUGCCCGCCCUGCGCUUCAACAGCUCCAGUGUCCAGUGCCAGAACAGCUCGUAUCUCUACGAUGGGAUGGACAUCAGCAACUUAGCAGUAGACUUUGCUGUGGUGUGGAAUGGGAACUUUGUUAUUGACAACCCGGAGGAUCUGAAAGUGCACCUCUACAAGUGCGCAGCGCAGCGUGAGAGCUGCGGGCUCUGCUUGAAAGCCGACCCCAAGUUCGAGUGUGGUUGGUGCAGUGGCGAGGCCAAGUGCACACUGCGGCCGCACUGCAGCACCACGGCCACCCAGCCCUGGCUCGACUGGUCCAGCAGGAGCGUCAAGUGCUCCAACCCCCGCAUCACUGAGAUCCUGACGGUGUCGGGCCCCCCCGAAGGAGGGACGAGGGUGACCAUCCGCGGCGUCAACCUGGGCCUGGAUUUCUCGGAGAUCGCGCAGGGGGUGCAGGUGGCGGGGGUGCAGUGCCGGCCCCUGCCCGAGCAGUACAUCGUCGCAGAGCAGAUCGUCUGUGAAAUGGGGCAGGCACUUCCCGGGAUCAGCUCUGGCCCAGUGCUUCUGUGCAUCGGGGAGUGCAAGCCUGAGUUCACGGCCAGGUCGGCGCAGCAGUACGUCUUCGUGACUCCAACUGUGAGCUUCCUGAACCCCAGCCGCGGCCCUGAGUCAGGAGGGACAAUGGUGACCAUCUCUGGGCACUACCUGGGGGCUGGCAGCCACGUCUCGGUGCUCCUGGGGAACCAGACCUGUGAAUUCUAUGGGCGAUCCAUGAACGAGAUCGUCUGCGUGUCGGCCCCCUCAGCCCACGGCCUGGGGGCUGUGCACGUCUCUGUCAGCGUGGACCGGGCACAGCUGGAGCAAACGCUGCUGUUCGAGUACAUCGACGACCCCAAAGUGCAGCAUAUCGAGCCCGAGUGGAGCAUCACCAGCGGACACACGCCCCUGACCAUCACCGGCUCCAACCUGGAUGUGAUCCAGGAGCCAAGGAUCCGCGUCAAGUACAAUGGCAAGGAGUUUGUCAACGUCUGCAAGGUGGUGAAUGCCACGGCGCUGGCCUGCCUCGCGCCCCCUAUCACCCUGGAGUACCGGCCCGGUCUGGAUGCCGUGGAGCGGCCAGACGAGUUUGGGUUCAUCUUUAACAACGUGCAGUCACUGCUGGUCUACAACGACACCAAGUUCAUGUACUACCCCAACCCCACAUUCGAGCUCCUGAGCCCCACCGGGGUGCUGGAGCAGAAGCCGGGGUCACCCAUCAUCCUGAAGGGCAGAAACCUGUGCCCACCCGCUCCUGGAGGAGCAAAGCUCAACUACACCGUCCUGAUCGGAGAAACACCCUGUGCCGUCACCGUCUCCGAGACACAGCUGCUGUGCGAGCCCCCGAACCUCACCGGGCAGCACAAAGUGAUGGUGCGUGUUGGUGGUAUCAUCUUCUCCCCUGGAUCAGUGAGCAUCAUCUCAGACAGCCUCCUGACUCUGCCAGCCAUCGUCAGCAUCGCAGCCGGGGGCAGCCUGCUCCUCAUCAUCGUCAUCAUUGUCCUCAUCGCUUACAAGCGCAAGUCCCGGGAGAACGACCUGACCCUCAAGAGGCUGCAGAUGCAGAUGGACAACCUGGAGUCACGCGUGGCCCUGGAGUGCAAGGAGGCUUUUGCAGAGCUGCAGACAGACAUCAAUGAAUUAACCAGCGACUUGGACCGCGCCGGGAUCCCCUACCUCGACUAUCGGACGUAUGCCAUGAGGGUCCUUUUCCCUGGCAUCGAGGACCACCCUGUACUGCGGGAACUGGAGGUCCAAGGGAACGGGCAGCAGAGUGUGGAGAAGGCCCUGAAGCUGUUUGCACAGCUGAUCAACAACAAGGUCUUCCUGCUGCCCUUCAUCCGCACACUGGAGCUUCAGCGCAGCUUCUCCAUGCGCGACCGCGGCAAUGUGGCCUCGCUUAUCAUGACGGGGCUGCAGGGCAAGCUGGAGUAUGCCACUGAUGUGCUGAAGCAGCUGCUCUCAGACCUCAUCGAGAAGAACCUGGAGAACAAGAACCACCCCAAACUGCUCCUGCGCAGGACCGAGUCAGUGGCUGAGAAGAUGCUGACCAACUGGUUUGCCUUCCUCCUCCACAAGUUCCUCAAGGAAUGCGCUGGGGAGCCGCUCUUCAUGCUCUACUGUGCCAUCAAGCAGCAGAUGGAGAAAGGUCCGAUCGAUGCCAUCACAGGAGAAGCACGUUACUCCCUCAGCGAGGACAAGCUGAUCCGGCAGCAAAUUGAGUACAAGACUCUGAUCCUAAACUGUGUGAACCCGGAUAAUGAGAACAGCCCAGAGAUUCCCGUGAAGGUGCUGAACUGUGAUACUAUCACUCAAGUCAAAGAGAAGAUCCUGGAUGCCGUAUACAAAAACGUCCCAUAUUCCCAGAGACCCAGAGCUGUUGACAUGGACUUGGAGUGGCGGCAGGGCCGGAUAGCUCGUGUGGUCCUGCAGGAUGAAGACAUCACCACCAAGAUUGAGGGAGAUUGGAAGCGCUUGAACACCUUGAUGCAUUAUCAGGUAUCAGACCGCUCAGUUGUGGCUCUGGUUCCCAAGCAGACCUCCUCAUACAACAUCCCUGCUUCUGCCAGCAUAUCCCGGACAUCCAUCAGCAGAUACGACUCCACCUUCCGCUACACUGGCAGCCCCGACAGCCUGCGCUCCCGCGCCCCCAUGAUCACUCCCGACCUGGAGAGCGGUGUCAAGGUCUGGCACCUGGUCAAAAACCACGACCACGGAGACCAGAAGGAAGGAGACCGGGGCAGUAAGAUGGUGUCUGAGAUCUACCUGACCAGGCUGUUAGCGACAAAGGGCACGCUGCAGAAAUUUGUGGACGACUUGUUCGAGACGCUGUUCAGCACCGUGCAUCGCGGCAGUGCGCUUCCCCUGGCCAUCAAGUACAUGUUUGAUUUCUUGGAUGAGCAAGCAGAUAAGCAUGGCAUCCACGACACAGACGUGAGGCACACGUGGAAGAGCAAUUGCCUCCCUCUCCGCUUCUGGGUGAACGUCAUCAAAAACCCCCAGUUCGUGUUUGACAUCCACAAGGGCAGCAUCACAGACGCCUGCCUCUCCGUGGUGGCUCAGACCUUCAUGGAUUCCUGCUCCACCUCGGAGCAUCGCCUGGGCAAGGACUCCCCCUCCAACAAGCUGCUGUAUGCCAAGGACAUCCCCAGCUACAAGAGCUGGGUGGAGAGGUAUUAUGCUGACAUCGCCAAGCUCCCCGCCAUCAGCGACCAGGACAUGAACGCUUACCUCGCUGAGCAGUCGCGCCUGCACGCCGCCGAGUUCAACAUGCUGAGUGCGCUCAACGAGAUCUACUCCUACAUCAGCAAGUACAGCGAGGAGCUCAUCGGGGCCCUGGAGCAGGAUGAGCAAGCGCGUCGGCAGCGUCUGGCAUACAAAGUAGAGCAACUCAUCGGAGCCAUGUCCAUCGAGAGCUGAAGAAAGGCUGUGGCGCAGCAAAGGGCAGCAGAUUGCACGGACGCUCGGGAAUUCAAAGGGAGAACAGCCACAAAAGACGCUGGACACGUAUAAGUACCCCGGCUGUGCUGGAGACUGGCCCAAGUACUGGCUGUGUUCAAAAUCGUAGAUGGAUCCUGUGUGAAAAGGCAGAAAGAGGAAAAGACGAAGCAUCUCAAUCCAAGUCAAAGCCAGAUGGAUCAUUUUUUCGAGCUUACAUGGAAGGAAGGAACCUGGAGUGUCUGGAUGUCUCCAUGACUGCUGCUUUGCAUGAAAAUUGUUUGAUGUAUAUUAG